AUGCAGUUCUCGCAGGACUUUGGCCUGAUCCCUUACGCCCUUUACAAGUACCAUAUUAGCAAACUACCCGGAGCCCUCUUUGGUGCGUUGCUGCGGUUUCUAUACCCAGAGGGGUGCUCCCUGGGGUGCGCCAGCGGUCUAGCGUUCGCCGCCGUUGUAACAUCACGGCCAAGGUACGCCGCGACGAGGACAACGAUGCCUGCAUAUCCUCUUGCAAAGGGUGUUACGCCCGACGAGAAUCAGCGCCUGGGCAUCGACGGCAGGAAAAAAACAAGACAAAGCCUUGUGCGCUCCAGGGUUUACUAA